AUGGCAGCUCCAACAAGAAGCCUACGACGCCUGUCGUCAUUCAGAAACACCAUUUCCCCUGCCUCAACGGCGAUUGCUCCCCGUCGAACCUAUGCCACAACCGACUCCUCAUCCGCCACCAACACCCCAACCACACGGCGGAAAGCAACAACCUUCCGGGAUAAGUUGAACGCAGGACCAUCGUUCUCAGAUUUUGUUUCUGGGGAUGCAGAGCCCCCACUCGACCCCUCUGAAGCCUACGCCCUCAAGACUGCCCUCGCCGGCCCCGCUGGCCGCAAGAAGGAAAUCACUCGCCUACCUGAGUGGCUAAAGACUCCCAUCCCAGACUCCAAGAACUACCAGCGCCUAAAGAAGGAUCUGCGAGGCCUCAAUCUGCACACAGUUUGCGAGGAAGCCCGAUGCCCCAACAUUUCCGACUGUUGGGGCGGCAGCGACAAGUCCUCCGCCACCGCAACGAUCAUGUUGAUGGGCGAUACCUGUACCCGAGGAUGCCGCUUCUGCAGUGUCAAAACCUCCCGCACACCGCCCCCACUCGAUCCUCACGAACCAGAGAACACCGCAGAGGCCAUCUCCCGCUGGGGCUUGGGGUACGUGGUUAUGACGAGUGUGGACCGUGAUGACUUGGCAGACGGCGGCGCGCGCCACUUCGCUGAAACCGUUAUCAAAAUUAAACAAAAGAAGCCUAGUAUGUUAGUCGAGUGUUUGACUGGUGAUUUCCGUGGUGAUACGGAGAUGGCGGCUUUGGUCGCGCGAUCUGGACUGGAUGUCUAUGCGCACAAUGUUGAGACUGUCGAGGAGCUUACGCCAUUCGUUCGUGAUCGUCGUGCUACAUUCCAGCAGUCGAUCCGUGUACUUGACGCUGCUAAGAAGGCUGUGCCUGAUCUUAUCACGAAGACCUCGCUUAUGCUGGGUCUCGGUGAAACAGAUGAGCAGCUUUGGGAUGCGCUCCGUCAGCUUCGCGCUGUUGAUGUCGAUGUUGUCACUUUCGGACAGUACAUGCGUCCUACUAAGCGCCACAUGGCUGUUCACGAAUACGUCACCCCUGACCGUUUCGAGCUGUGGCGCCAGCGUGCCCUUGACAUGGGAUUCCUGUACUGUGCUUCUGGGCCUCUCGUCCGAAGCAGUUACAAGGCGGGCGAAGCUUUCAUCGAGAAUGUUCUCAAGAAGCGCCGCUCCGGAUCUGGCGCCGCUGGGGAGACUGUCGAGAAGACCACUGCUAAGGAAGCUACCCAAUGA